GUCCCAAGAUGCAGUUCCACAAGCUCGGUUUCCUAGUUACUACCUCCAAGCACUUGGCGUUGGGGUUUGGAGGAAGGGAUUAGGGUGAGAAGGGAGGAAGAGUGAAGCGGAGAAACGCUUUCAGAGAAGGUGGAAACGGGUCGGAAAUGACUCGGAGGAAAGGGCUUAUCAAAGGUUUGGCAUUGUUGCAAAAGCAAGUCAAGACUUAACGUUUUUUCUGGUGAAUAAGUAUGCAGAUUAUGACAUGUCGGUUCAAGAAAUAAGUAAACAUGCAGUUCUCCCUCCUAUCAUUAGUAGAAGUGACGAGGAAUUUUUGGAAAGUAUGCAAAGAUACAUAAUUACAGAAACUGAAAGAGUGGGCUGUAAUGAGGAAGGACCUGCUGAUGAGUAUUACAUCAUAUACCGAAACGUUUUUGAUAAGGUAAUAGAAUAUGUCACUGCGUACAAAUCCAUUCUUACUUCAAUCAAAAAAGAAUAUGACGCCUUUAUUGAGAGAAUAAAGAAAGACCAAAGAACUGCAUUUAAUCUCCAUGGAAAACUUAAAGUUUUGGCAGCAGAGCCCACAACAUUGGUAUAUCACAGGAAAAGGACAAUCCAACUUGAAGCCAAAAUGAGGGUUAUUGAACAUAAUUCCUCAAAGAUUCAAUUGCAAAUAGACAAAAUAAAACAACUUAGGGCAGAGCGUGACAUGAAAGAAGUAAAACAUUUUCCUUUCUCCAAAGAUCCUUCAAAACCUAUUCCAGGCAUGACUCUUGAAGAAUCUGUCAAUUUAGAUGCUCUGGAUAAAUACCUGAAACAUCUUGAAGAUAAAUAUGCAGAAAUUAAACAAUUAAAGUCAAAAAAAUAUGUACCAGCUCAGAGAAAGGCACAUUUAGAGGAGGAGAUGAUUGUGAUAUUAAAACGGCGAGAUGAAGCUGAAAAUGCCAACAAAGAAUUACAGUUUCGUCAUCAAAGACUGCAGAUUAUUCUUUAUGCACUUACUUCAUGGGUGAAAUCUGAUAUGAGCAGCUCAUUUCAAGACUUCAUGAAGCAAAUGGAGAAAACUAAAGAUUUAUAUGGUGACCAAGGCAUUGUUGAAGAACUAUGGGAAGAUCCAAGCAAGGCAAAAGAAGCUGAAAUUCUGCUUUACUACAUUGAAAGGUUCAACGAAUUAAUCUCACUUGGUGAAUAUGAGAAGGCAAUUUGUUUUGCAGCAAGAAGUCCUAGAAGAAUUCUUCAGAACAUUGGGACAGUGGAAAAAUUUAAGGCUGUUGGAAAAAUUAGAGGAAAGCCUUCUCCAUUACUCUUAUUUUUUGAGGCUGUCUUCAGCACAAGUCAUGCUCAUAGACGUCCUGUUAAUGCAGAACUUACUCUGGAAGGAGUCAAAUGUGGACUGUCUGAGAAACGUCUAGAUUUAGUUAUCAAUUGGGUCACUCAGGAAAGGCUCACAUUUUCUGAGGAGGCUGGGGAUGUGAUUUGUGCUUAUGGGGAGCAGAAUACUCACAACAAGGCCAAGUGCUUGGCUUUAGCUCAGAUUAUCUACAAUGAAUGUAGCGUGCACAACAAAGCUGUACUUUGCCUGUGUAAACAGGGUCAGAUCCAUGAGGCCAUGCAGUAUAUACAGCAAUUAAAGGACUUUACUUCUGAUGACCUAAUGCAGCUAAUAAAGUUAUGUCCCCACAAUGAAUUAAUUUGGUGUCUCACUAAAGAGUGGAAUGGAAAACCACCAUUAUUAUCUUUUGGUCUUGUUAUACUUCAUCUUUUCUCUGUUGAUAUGAAAAAAGUUGCCAUCAAGCUACUUCAAGAAGUAAAUGAAGGUGGGAAAGAUGCGAUACAACAUCUUAUGAUGAACAAUCCAUUUUGCUGCCUGGAAAGUUGGCAAGAAGUGGCAAGGAUAUGUUUACAGCACGGCUUUGACAAAUUAUGUGAUGACAUCAUGUCCGUUCUUCGAUCUCAGGCUGGAGUUACCGAAAUUUCUGAAAAGGAAGACACCGUCAACUUAAUGGAGCAUGUUUUUUGGUAGUUCUGUCUCUUACCCAGUUGAGGGAGCUUCUUCAACAUUUUAUGUAGUUGGUUGGGCAAACCGAUUUUUGAAUAACUAACUUAUAAAUAAAUCUAGAGUAUGAA